CGUAGUCUACAGUGUUUGUAUAAGUGUGUAUAAGCAGUGUCGGGAUGUCAAUAUAAUGUUGCCAUACCAAAUGGGCGUAUUUUGUGCAAAAUGAACACAAGCUGCAAUUGGGAACUGAUUGGGUGCUCUUAGGCACAAAAAGAUGAAUAUAAUGAGGAAAUUAAGGGGCGGAGGCGCUGCGGCGUCGUCCGCCUCUUCGUCGGACAUAUCGGAUACGGCACCCUCCUCACCUCACACUCAGCUGGGUCUAAUGCAUCUGAAGAAGCUUUUCUCGGAAUAUACUCAUCCCACACACCAGCUCACUGAUCAGGAGAGGGACGACAAACUUUAUAAUAUGUUACCGCUCUUCUGCAAAGUGUUCGGUUCUAGUCCAACAUGUGAUAUGAAUGAAAAGUUCUGGGAUAUCCUGGCAUUUUGUCAUCAAGUCUCGAUGCUGAUGGUUUCGGAAAUAAGAAAACGGGCAUCGAAUCAAAGUACCGAGGCGGCAAGUUGUGCCAUAGCCAAAUUCUUGGAGAUCGAGAACUGCGAAGAAUCUAGUAAUGGUUGGAUGUUGCUCUCUACAUUAAAUUUACUGGCGGCAGGCGAUGCUACUUUGGUACAAGUCAUGUCCGAGGUUUCAGUGCCCUCCACUUUAGUUAAGUGUCUCUAUUUGUUCUUUGAUUUGCCAGAGAUGUCAGAACAGGAGGCAAACAGCAAAGAUUCGAAUAGCGACUUCACACCAAGAGAGAGAAGGAUUCUCUUACAGAAAAUUUUUGUCCAGUUAUUAGUCCGUUUAUGUAGUCAUAGAAUUCCUGCAGAAGAAUUAGCUAGAAAGGACGAUUUAACAUUGUUAUUUUCUGCUAUUACUUCUUGGUGCCCCCAGCACAAUGUUAUGUGGAGGAAAAGUGCCGCUGAAGUAUUAAUGACGCUUUCCAGACAUGGAUUAACACCACCUGUAGUAGGAUAUAUACAUUCAAAAAGUUGUGUAGGUCUGUGUAUAGAUAAUAUGAAGAGAGUACCUGAAUUAGCACCCCUAGAAUUAGUGGAAAUGUUCGUAACAGUAUUUUGUUUCCUUAAGGACUCCAGUGAGGUGUCUUCGACCCUCUUGGACGAUUUUCGACAAGCUCAAGGAUAUCCAUUCCUAUCAGAUUUUCUAUUAAAAUUAGAAAAUGAAAAGUCUAAUGAAGCACAAGAAUCAAUUAGGAAUUUGGUUUUGAUGGUAACAUCGCUUUGCAUGUGUGGUUAUUUAGAGUUAAAACCGUCUCAAGCUUCUACCGGAUCAUUAUUUCAAAUGCAAGGAUUCAUUUUACCUCAACCCUCAGGAAGAGGAACGAGUGUGAGGAACAUUCAAGCUUUUCAUGUUCUACAAAGCACGUUCUUAAAAUCGAAUUCCUCCUUACUGUGCUGCACAAUUUUGGACGCAAUUUCUAGCAUUUACCAUUCUGACAACGCAAAUUAUUUUAUUUUAGAAGGACACAACACCCUUAGUCAAUUCACUGAAAAAAUCCAUUACAAAUCUUCAGAGAUCCAACAAAAAUUGUUUGAACUCGUAGAAUUUUUGGUGUUUCAAUUAAAUUUUGUCCCUUGCAAGGAGUUAAUUUCCAUGUCAAUUUUCCUGAAAGUUCACAGUUUGAAUCACGUGGAAUGUAGUAUAUUGUGUAUGAAUACAUUGCUCAACAUUUUAAAACACAAUGUGUUAUUUAAGGAUGUGUAUAGAGAAGUUGGGAUGCUGGAGGUGUUUGUUACUUGUUUAUAUAGGUACUCAAAUUUUUUGGAGGAAAAGCGAAUUGCCCAAAGUAUGGGUCAACCAUAUGUAAUGUCCUCUGGUCAGGAUACUCUUGGGAAUCUCAUAGUUGAAGCUCUUACGUUACUUUUGCCAGGCAACAACUCCAAUGCUAACGUUUUACGAGAAUGUGGUGGUGCAAAAUGUGUACAUGGGCUAGUCUCAUAUCCUGAAUGUAGAUACGCUGCUUUGGGUAUUGUUAGAGAAUUAGCUUUGAUACAAGGUGGCGAUGAUGACAUGGCACAAUUAUUAAACACACUUCAUCAAGCUUCAUCAUCCGAUCUUCAAAUGAAGAUUGAUAUAUUGGAAGCCUUGAAACAAUGUCUAAGAGAUUCUCAUCGUACCAGAACCGUUUUUCGGAAAGUAAAUGGUUUCGUAUAUGUAACCAGCGUUCUAGUUGCUUUGGAAGGAAAACUGAGUAAAAAAGAAUCUGAUCCUCUGGUAAUGCAGUUACUUGUAUUGGUUUUCCAAACAAUUUGCACUGCUAUGAGAUUUGAACCUGCCAAUGCAAAGUUCUUCUACCAUGAAAUAUGCAAGACUAGUCUUUGCGACACACUAAGAUUAUUAGGAUGUUUCACUGCAGAAAAAAUAUCCAAAUUAAGUGAAAAUGAUUUUGAAACGCCGUCAAAUAAGUUACAAGAUCAAUACCAGAAAAUAUUUUUGAGUUCUCCUUUCAAUGUAGUAUUCACUGAUGACAUUUCACCAUCUUUAGUCUAUGCGACUAUUGUGUAUAGAUUAUUAUAUGAUUUGGCUUUAGAUUUAUUUGAUAAACCCAACGCCAAUACACAAAUUUUGCCGGUCAAGUCUCCACCACUAUCUAGAGAAAAUAGUGAAAAUGCGAAUAGUUCAUGUGGGAAACGGGUAAACGUGAACUCAUUGAAUCUCAGUCCGCCUACUCCGGAUCCAAUCAUUGUACAUCCUGGAGUAGUAGUCUGUAUGCUGCAAUUGCUACCCUGUAUUAAGGAUGAUGAUUAUGACACAUUCUUGGGGCUUCAACUCUUCUUAGGGGAAAUAAUAAAGUCUUUAGUCCGCAGUGAACGUAACCAACAAGUAAUGUGUGACAAAGGUUUUGUCGGACAACUAUUAUCUGUGGGAUCUGCUCCUUUGCAAAAUGAAAAUCAUCCUUUACACGGCCCCCUGCAAUAUAUGUUAGAACGUCUAGCUGCCCAAGCAUUAGAACCAACAGACCUUCGACAGUUCCUAAGAAUGGGAAAUCCACUCUGUUGUAUACCCUUGGAAUCUGAGGAACCAGGAGGUGGUCCAGUGCCAUUGACAAGAAUUAAAACCUUGGUUUCAAUGACAACACCAAAGGAUUUUAGAGCUCAAUCUUCGUAUACUUUACCUCCUUUUGUUGAAUUUGACAUGUCAGCUGAGGGCUUUGGAUGUCUUUACUUGCCUAGCAUAGCUCCGCAGUCUCCUUCAGCUCCAAGCGUGGUUUCAGCAGUAGACAGCAGUGUUCUAGGAGGAAUUGGCGCUGGAGAUCGUAUAUUUCCUCCACAAACUGGACUUAGUUACUCUACCUGGGUUUGUGUGGACAAAUUUUCGGAUCCCCGUUCAGAUCCGCACUGUGUUCGACUUCUAACUUUGGUCAGGAAUUUUAAUGGACAACGAGAAGAUCAUUUAGUCUGUUUGUCCAUCGUUCUGUCAGCCAGGGACAAGGCAAUCAUUGUAUCCACACAAGAAACACAUAUUCCCAACCGUAAGUUUCUUGUAAUUUUAUACAAACAGGAUAUUAUAUGUUCAAUUGUGAUUUUUUAUAACAUAGACGUUGGUGACUGGGAGCCGGAUGGAUCUGGCGAACAUGGCGCAAGAGUUUGGUGUCCUGAUAUACUCCAAGAAGGGCAGUGGCACCACGUUGUUGUGGUAUUAAAUCGCGCCGUUUUAAAAAAUUCUUCAUUUUCACUCUACUUAGAUGGCCAGCAGAUUCACGGUCAAAAAAUGCACUACAUCUCUCAAAAUCCAGGAGGAGCUGCGGCUAAUCUCAAUGUGGCUUCUUCAGUGUAUGGAUAUAUUGGAACUCCCCCUUCUUGGAGGAGAUAUUCAAGACUGUGUUGGAAACAGGGACCAUGUCACUUAUUUGAAGAGGUUUUAUCGCCUAUGGUGGUUUCACAAAUGUAUCACUUGGGUCCACACUAUAUGGGAUCUUUCUUAGCACCAAAUCUUAAUAGUCCAGAGGUUAGUCAAAUGGUUACGGAGGAAAAGGUCGUUUUCGGUCUUAACUCGAAAGCAGUUUCACAACUAACCCUGAAUAAAAUUAGAAAAGUCUACAGUAGAACAGACAAUAAAUCCAUAGCGAAACAAUUAGGAAUGUCUAGUCACGAAAGCGCCACCCCAAUUAGAAUUCUACAUAAUUCGGCAGGACAUUUAGCAGGAUCCGCUAGAACCCUAGGUGGUGUUGUUAUUGGAUAUUUAGGUGUACGUGUAUUUUGUCCGAGGCCUGUCGCUACAACGAUAGACACGGUGGGCGGUUGCUCCGUUCUUUUGGGCGUUAUUGCUAUGGCACAAGAUGUUGAGAGCCUCUACGCGGGCGUUAAAGCUCUAGUUUGUGUAGUGAGAAGCAAUAAGGUGGCCCAAUCAGAAAUGGAUAGAAAACGGGGCUACCAAACCUUAGCCAUGUUAUUGCGAAGGAAAAGAUCCCUUUUGAAUUCCCACAUACUUCAUCUUGCUUUUAGUUUGGUUGGAACUGUUGACAGUGGCAGAGAAUCUUCGGCAAUACCAAAUAAAACUGCUUUCCAGGAUUUGUUGUGUGAUCUGGAAGUAUGGCAUGAAGCUCCUGGUGAAUUACUGCGAUCUCACUUGGAACAUCUUUAUGAAUUAGCCGCAGAAUCUAACGAAAAGAAGAAUAAUGUUUGGAUAAUGCGCGACCUACAACUAGUAGAACGAUUGUUGCAUGUAACUCCCGAGGUGCGACACCCCGCAACGCGACAAGUUUUAUUCUCCUUACUCUCGGUUUUACUUGGGGGUCAACCUCGACAAAACGAUUUACUAAUAUUCGGACAAUUUAUGGUAUCUACCUUACCAAUAGCUUCCAACAUCAAUGAGAAAACGCUGAAUCUACGCGAAGGAGAUUCAGAAAAAGAGGGUGAAGGUGAAAAUAUCUUGUUAAGGAAUAGGUGUCUGCAGUUAUUGCAUUCCAUGGUAUUCUCCAAUAGGAAUAUAGUGGGUGAUGAAAUUUCUAGAACACUGGGUUUCGAUUGGUUGCUGUUAUUUAUGCAGAGCAAUGUGCAUUCUACGACUGUAUUAUGGGCUGUUAGAAUCUUGGUUGGUAUUUGUUCUAGUCCUACUCUUAUGAUGCGUUUCCGCGAAGGUAGUAACAAUGGAGGUUGGCUUCGAUAUACAGAACAAGUGACCCACAACAAAAUGGCUGUAGUUCUGGGCUGUCCUAUGAAUAGUACCCAUGGCAACGACAGUAAAUCUGAAGCUCUUCAUAUUCCCGGUUUUCAAUAUUUGGGAUGGCUGCUACCUAGUCAUUUGGAAAUCUCAGAGCUUUAUUUUCUACUAACUGCUUUAAUGAUGGGUCAACCGGCGAAACUUUUACCAGCUGACACUAAAUUUGACUUGGACACGGUGUGGGCUUUCUUGUGGGGUAGUUCACUGAAUAAUCAACCUAUAAACAGUGUUGCCCCGAAAAUUAAUCUUUGUUCUGAGGCUGUAGUUGUGUUGUUAGGAAUGGUCAGGGCGAUGUUACAUAACGAACAAGGUUCCUUACCGGAAUGGUUGCAGAAUCAUACGAUUUCAAUUGUUCAGGUAUUAUUCCAAUUAUACCACAACAUGCCAGAGUUCAUGCCAAUAUUUAUGUCUGCUGAGGUUUUAACUGCUUUGGCAAGUGUUCUGUUUCCACCCCAAACAUCUUCUAUUGAUAGCACUGACAGUAGCGGAGCUUCUACUCCUGCUGGCGAUGAUGCCGAAGCUAUUAUGCUCGUUCAAAACUCUCUCUUGGAGGAAGAAACUCUCACUCAACAUCCCGCACGUCAAUUCAUCAUCGAUUUUAUACGAGUCAUCGUCGUCGAUUCCCUAAGUUUGUCCAAUACAGGGAAAACAUCGCCUGUUAUUGAUUUGGCUUUAGAUGCUUUUCCUGAAAAUUCCACGUCCACACAGCAAAUUUGUUAUCAAACCGAAAUACUGGUGACUUUAAUGGAUCAUUUAUUAGCCGCUGAUAUGUUAGUGGGUGACCAAGCUGCGAUACCCAUUGUGCCCCUUGCCAAUGCUCACAUUCAGCAUGUGGCGCCAAAUGUUUUUUAUCUGACUGCGAGAAUAGUCGAUAAACUUUGGCAAGGAGCUUUAACAAAAGAUCCACAUGAUGUAUUUGAUUUUAUUGUUAAGUUAAUUGGACAGGCCAAGAGGAGAACUGGUAAUUUGUCAUUGGAAUGUCUAUAUCACUGUUUGAAUAGAAGUAUAUUGUUCCUUCUAAGCAGACCUACUGAUUCGAUUGCGGAUCAGAUGUCUGUAUUAGAAGCUUUACAUAAACUUACCACAAAUAGGUUAACUGUAUUUGGAGCAGGAAAUCAUGAACUAGACUUUAUUGGUUGUCUUACUUAUUGUCUCUUGCAACUCACCGCCGACAUGAAAAUCAUGUUAGAUUCGAAUAUGCGCACCACUUGGCAUAUAAAUCCGAGCAGUGAUCUUGAAUCUAGAGACGAACACCUUAACUCUCAUCAAGGCAAAAAUCUUAUGGCAGGGGCGGCUUUAAGGGUUUGGGAAGAAUUAUAUGUGUGUAAAAAACCUGCAAUCGAAGAAGUCUUUAAAGUUACUUUGGCGAUUCCCGGUCAAAACGCUAAAGCUCCGGAUCUUACAUCGGUUAGAGAUCAAGUUUUUGAAGCAGCCACAAAAUUGUGGCUAAAUUACGUUGACGCAGAAAGAAAGGCUACAUACAGAGUGCCCUGGGAACUACACAAUCAAAUACAAUCCAAGAUACACAAAGUUACUGGCGGAUUAACCAGAUUAGCAAGCAGGACAAAAGUCCGAAAGGAUGAUACCAUGAGGGUGAGAGUUAGAAUGGGCCAAAAACAAGCAGUAAGUUGGAUGAUCAAUCACGUCAACAUUUUAAAGGAUCUAGUAGAAAUGCGGCGACAGCAACAUCAAAACACCACUCAGCAUACUCAACGCUACGUUCAUCAAGAAUGGCUCCAAACUGAAAAUGAAUUAACUCGAGAAAGAGGACUUUGGGGUCCACCAGAACCGUGUCAUCUUGAUAAAUGGAUGUUGGACAUGACUGAGGGUCCACACAGAAUGAGAAAGAAAACAAUGAAAAACGACUUGUUUUACUCACAUUAUCCUUAUCGACCUGAUCAUGAAAAGGGUUUAUUGAAAUACAAAGUCGCCACAAGUUAUCAUAGUAAAGAUUACUAUCAAGCUGUUCAAAAGAGACAGCUUAGCGGUGUUGGUGAUUUAACUACUACUGAGCCACCGGAAAGGUCGGACAGUAUAGUAGAUGAACCUUCACCAUUACCUCUCACCCCUCUACCUCCAUUAGCAAGACUUAAAUCCGAUCCAGAGGACCAACAGGAAGACAAUGACACUGAAGAGGAACAGCCUUCCCCACAGCCCGACAAUCAAACACUUUUAAGACUCUUAGAAGAAAACGAAAAGAUUACUUACAUGUUUAGAUGUGCCAGAAUACAAGGCUUAGAUACUACUGAAGGCUUGCUGUUGUUCGGACAAGAACAUUGUUACGUUGUUGACGGUUUCACUUUCUUAAAGAACCGAGAAAUACGCGACAUAGAUAGCGUGCCAUCUCACAAUGCCAACGAAUAUGAACCGAUAUUACCGAAUCCCGGUUCGCCCAGGCGAUCCAGAGCAAUGAGACAAUGUUCCAGAUUUUCUUAUGAUGAUAUUAGGGAGGUGCAUAAAAGACGUUACCUCUUGCAGCCGAUGGCUUUGGAAGUGUUUUCUGGUGACGGUAGGAACUAUUUACUGGCUUUUCCCAGAAAAGUUCGCAAUAAAGUAUACCAAAGAUUUAUGGCGACGGCCACUGGCAUUGCGGACAGUGCACAACAAUCAGUUGCGGGCCAGAAAAGGACUGCAAAUGUAGAACAAGCCACAAGUUUGCUCAGUAAUCUCAUUGGUGAAACUAGCGUUACACAAAGAUGGGUGAGAGGAGAAAUCUCGAAUUUCCAGUAUUUGAUGUAUCUGAAUACUCUAGCGGGACGAUCGUACAAUGAUCUCAUGCAAUAUCCAGUUUUCCCGUGGAUUUUGGCCGAUUAUGACUCAGAAGAGUUGGACUUAACUGACCCUAGCACAUUUAGAGAUUUUACAAAGCCGAUGGGUGCCCAGAGCCCCGAAAGAUUGGAGCAAUUUAGGAAACGAUUCAAGGAAUGGGAUGAUCCUCACGGAGAAACUCCUCCAUAUCAUUACGGCACCCAUUACUCCAGCGCCAUGAUUGUUUGUUCAUAUCUAGUUCGUAUGGAACCUUUUACGCAACACUUUUUGCGUUUACAAGGUGGCCAUUUUGACUUGGCUGACCGAAUGUUCCAUUCCGUGAAAGAAGCCUGGUGUUCAGCAUCAAAGCAUAACAUGGCUGAUGUCAAAGAACUCAUACCUGAAUUCUUCUACUUACCCGAAUUCUUAAUGAACUCCAACAAAUUUGACCUUGGAAUAAAACAAAGUGGUGUGGCACUAGGAGACGUUGUAUUGCCUCCAUGGGCUAAACAAGAUACUAGGGAGUUUAUACGAGUACAUAGGAUGGCGUUAGAAUGCGACUAUGUCUCACAGAAUUUGCAUCAUUGGAUCGAUCUGAUUUUCGGGUAUAAACAACAAGGUCAGCCAGCUGUAGAUGCAGUCAAUGUAUUCCAUCAUUUGUUUUAUGAAGGAAAUGUUGAUAUUUACAAUAUUGAUGAUCCUUUAAAGAAAAAUGCUACCAUUGGUUUUAUCAAUAAUUUUGGCCAAAUUCCAAAACAACUUUUUAAGAAACCACAUCCCUGCAAAAAAAUGGGUGGAGGUAAUAAUAGAUCAUCGGUUAUUGACACUGGUGCUUUGGUUCAGGCAUUCACUUUACCACAACCUGAAAAACUGUUUUUCCAUCAUUUAGACAAUUUACGACCAUCUCUACAACCAAUAAAAGAAGUUAAAAGUCCGGUGGGACAGAUCCUUCAUGUAGAAAAGACCAUUUUGGCAGUGGAACAGAACAAAGUUUUGAUGCCACCUACUUUCAAUAAAUACGUAGCCUGGGGCUUCGCCGAUCAUUCUUUGAGAAUAGGAAAUUACGAUAGCGAUAAGGCAGUAUUUGUGUCAGAAAGUGUUGUUCAGAAUAACGGGGAAAUUUUGGCCUGCGUGUGUCCUUCUGCAAAGUUAAUUGUUACAGCUGGAACUAGUUCAGUGGUGACAGUGUGGGAGUACGAAGCUCGCAAAAAAACCCUGUCAAUAAAGCAUAGUCUUUACGCCCACACAGACGCCGUCACUUGCUUGGCUGCUAGUCCUGCUUACAACGUUAUCGUGUCCGGAUCUCGGGAUUGUACUGCCAUUAUAUGGGACUUAUCUCGAGGGGUGUUCGUGCGCCAACUCCGUGGACACGCUGGACCUGUUGCUGCUGUUGCCGUUAAUGAUCUUACCGGUGACGUUGCCACCUGUGCGGCCACUUGGCUCCAUGUUUGGAGUAUAAAUGGUGAUGAGUUGGCGGGGGUGAAUACGUGUGUCGGUAGAGCAGAUAGGAUGCAACAAAUCUUGUGUGUUGCUUUUUCACAAACCCAUGAGUGGGAUGCGACUAAUGUGAUAAUGACCGGGUCGACUGAUGGUGUCACUAGGAUGUGGUCUAUUGAUUAUGUCCAAGUUCCUGACGAUGAUCAACCUGCAACCAAUACACCAACUGUAAAAGAUUCUAAAACUAAUGAUACACCAGUGCGCCACGCACCCAUUCAUCAUCGGUUGGUCAAGCAGAUCAAUGUGUCCAGUGAUGGAUCUACAGGACUUAUGAAAUCGGGCUCUGAAAGCAGUUUGUCAGAGGAUAAUAAUCAGAGGUCAUCAGUUGACAAACAGCGAUCGGACGAGAGUAGUUCAAAGGAAUGGAGAAGUGAACAACAAAAUGAAAAAGAAACAUGCAGUGACACAGAGGAGGCUACACCACCUGUACCGGCGAGAAGACGACGAUCUAGGGUUCAUGCCGGAUUCAGGAAAAGUGAAGGAAAUUUUUCAGGUGGUAAUAGUGCAGAUAGUGCAAGUUUGGAAGUAGACGAUGGUGCUGCGAUGAGAACGAGCAAGUCAGAUACGAGUUUAACCGAUUCCUUUGUAAUGAUCCCCGACAGUAGAAAGAAAAUGAAUCCGUUAAAUGCUCUUAGGCCUGGGUUCAAAUGGCAACGGCAGUUAGUUUUUAGAAGUAAACUGACCAUGCACACAGCUUUCGAUAGAAAAGACAAUGCAGAACCGGCGUCAAUUACAGCUUUAGCCGUAUCAAAAGAUCACAGAAGCGUGUACGUUGGCGACACUCGUGGCCGCGUAUUUUCUUGGAGCGUUUGUGACGUGCCAGGACGUGCAGCCGAUCACUGGCUGAAAGACGAAGGUGCCGACGUCUGCUUCAACUGCUCGAUCCGUUUCAACAUCUACGAACGCCGUCAUCACUGUCGCAACUGCGGUCAAGUGUUUUGUUCACGAUGCAGCAAGUUCGAGAGUGAAAUAUCUCGUCUGCGUAUCCUGAAGCCGGUUCGCGUUUGCCAAACGUGUUAUGCAACGCUGAAAGCCACAGAGCGCUGACACAAUAUGAAGAAGCUAAUUGAUUUUAAUUGAUAUGAGGAUGUGGGGGCCAAGCGAGGGUCAGAUGUGGUUAGUUACUGAAGACGGACUAUUGGUCAAUUGUAGUCUUAGAAUUACUUUGUGUGUUAGGGCAUGUACUUCGUUUUCUAUAAGAUUUGUAGUGGCCCUAAACAAAUUUAUGGAUAAUCGAUGAGAAGCAAUGUAGAAAGAUAAUUAAUAAUUUACUUUGUCGUAUUGAUAAACGUAAAAAUAUUUAUAAAAAAAUAUUAAAUAGUAGAAAUUAUAAAAUUUUGUAUAUAACUGAGUAUUGUAUAAAAAAAUCAUUAAAUAUAUGUUAACAUUGUUAAAUCAAAUAUUAAUAUAUUAAAUGUACUUUUAUAUUUGGGUUUUGUGAAUGGUUACAUUUCUUGGUUAAUUAACAUUAGUACAUUUAGAAAAUAUAUUACUUUUUUCAUAUCAAUUCAUAUCAAAAUAUUGUAGAUUAUUAAAACGAUAUGAAACUUUUUACAACAUUAAACAUAAUAGUUUAAUCAAACAUUAUUUCAUAAUUCUUAAUAAUGAAUUUUAUGUUACCGUGAAUAUCCCAUACAAAUUUCUAAAGUAAAACUGAAAACAAAAUAAGUUGUUGUUAUCUUUCUGUUGUGGGCUCAUCUAUUACAUCGAUUUGAGGAGUAGUUUAGUGUUGUUUACCAAGAGUCUGAUCCUUAUGACUGGCUGUUUUGUCCGUAAAAAUGAAUUCCCGAAUGUCCGAUCUGUUAACUUAUACUAAUACAUAUUCGUUACCAAAAUUGUGGACGAGCGUUAUUUUUGGUGGUUUAUAGAGAUUAUAUUGAUAUUUAAAAAUAAUCCAACUGUAAACUAAUACAGUAUUGAUGUAAGUUUUAAAUUAUUUGUUAUGUUUAAAUUAUUUUAUACAUUUUUUAUAAUUUUAUUUAAUUUAUUUUUGUUUUAUAUAUAUUGUAUCGAAUUUUAUUAUAUUAUUUGUGAUAUAAAAUUAGGCAUUUAAUAAAUAUGAAUCUUAAUUGUAAACUGCUUCGCGAGUAAAAUUAUAUAACAGAGCAAUAUAAUAUUUAAAUAGAACAAUAAUAUUUGUUGCCUGUGAAGAUGUUAUUUUAUUAAUAUUGUGUACAAAAUAGAAAGCUUGUGCAAAUGAGGAGAGUCCCCCCAUAAUUUAUUAAUAUUAUUUUUGUAAUAAACCACUAAUCGACCAUUUACUGAGCUAUUUCAUUUUGAACUUUUCCACAAUUAAUUAGAAAAUGUGUCGAAAUUUGGUGGUUUAUUAGUGGAAAAGUCCUAUGGAAAUAGAUCAUUAAAAACCAAACUGUAGAUAACAAUGGGUGUGCACGAGCAUCUGUAGACAAUAUAUACAUGUGCAUUAUGGUGCAUUCCAAAAAGUAUAUUUCCGUAUAUUUUAUAAAUGUAUGUGAUAUUGUAGAAUAUAGUUUUUAGAGAGUGUAUAUAUGCCACUGUCCUGAUUACUUAUUAUACAAAUAAAGAUAUAAUCCCAAGACA